CGGAAGUUAAGCUUCGUCUCGUCAGUGUUGUGAGUUCUGAACGUUCUAAACAAUGGCUGACUUUGAUACCAUUUACGAAGAAGAAGACGACGAGGAUAUACCAGAAGAUUAUGUUGUUACCGUUCCCAACCCUAUCAGUAUACGGGGAGCAGGGAAUGUUACUAUAUUUGGGCUCAGCAACCGAUUUGACACAGAAUUCCCACAAGGUCUUUCAGCAAAGGUAGCUCCAGAGGAGUUCAAGGCCACAAUGACCCGCAUCAACAGUGUGUUACGUAAAGCAUUGCCAGUGAACGUGAAGUGGCUGUUCUGUGGCUGUGUGUGUUGCUGUUGCACUCUUGGCUGUUCACUCUGGCCUGUCAUCUGCCUUAGCAAACGAACUAGGCAUGCAAUAGAGAAAGUUUUAGACUGGGAGAAUAGUCAUCUAUAUCACAAGCUUGGCUUGCAUUUUCGUCUCAGUAAACAAAGAUGUGACUCAAGUAGUAUGAUGGAAUAUGUUCUGUUCAUUGAGUUCAUUCCAAAGGUACCAAUACUUCGACCAGACUAGCCAAAUAUACAACUUGUGUCUGUUGUUAACCAAGUGACUGUUUAAAUCACAGAUGAAGACUCAAGUACCAGAUCUCGAAGACCUUGUUAGUUAACACACUACAGCAGGUGUUCCUUGUCACUGUCGGGACUCUGUCUGUAGUGUAUCUGCUUCGAGUGAGACUGUCUGCAGUGUGCCAGAUGGUUGUUUUAUCAAGGUUGAAUGAACUUGGUCUGAAUGCCUGGAACAGUUUCCAUGAAGAUGUCCUGUCGUCAUGGUCUUGAAUGUUUGCUGCCAAAUCUGUUGGACAUGAGUGCUUUGACAUGAUUUUACCUUCAUUGUUCCUAGAAGUGUUUGCUAUUCCCUAGUCUUAAGAGUCGGACAGCACAGCUGGCGUUGCUUAAUAUCAUUAUCAGGAUUAGUAUUUGUGUACAAAUGGAGUCAGUUCCUGACAAGGCAAGUAUUAAUAUUUCACCAAUUUCUUGAAAAGGAAUCAGUUUUCUGAAUUUUGGUGACAUGUUAAGUGAUUCUGAUGAAGAAGAGAGAUCAUAUUUAAUACCAAUGAAUGUGACAGAUAUAUUAUCGUUGCCAUAUUUCAUAGUGAGUGAUACAAGGAGUAGGUUACUGAGUGAUCAAGUUCAACCCAGUGAAUGUUGAUAACAAUUCUGGUAAAGCUAUUAGUAUACAUAUACAUUGUCCUGCCUAGGAAUUAAGAAUUAUGUACAUGUGACCUGCUUGAGGAUGCUGAUGGCAUCGGUAUCGAAUGCCUACUUUUAUUAAAUGUAUGUUUGCUUAUGGUAUACACAUAGCUGGAUGUAGUGCUCCCUACUAUCACUGUGAGGUCCUCAUCUCCUGCAGCAGCAGCAGCAGCACCCAUCCCCAUCCUGAAGGGGCGAGGGCCAAGCUCACUUGUAAAUCACACAAAUACAAGAUUGUGAAUAUGUUCUGUGAUUGACCUCUUAGCAUGCUUAGUAGAUGACAGCCAUGAUCAGAUUAUGCUCUUGGCUUGCUCAGCUACAGUAAGUACUAGUUAGUGUUCACUAGGGCUGGGUCCCGAUCACCAGUAUGUGCGCUGGAUGGAGUUGCCCAGGCCAUGUGGCGGACCACUUGACAUGGUCAUAUGGACCAGCCAGGAUUGUGGAGUACCUUUGGAUUUAAGUUUUGCUUCCACAACACCAUGUAAGUAUUUUCAGCCUUAUAAAAGAUGGUUCCAUUUUCCAAGUAGUGAGGCUCUGUAAUCCCAGUCUAUCAUAACAUUCCCAGAGCGUCUGGUUGGGAAGCAAGGAUGCUGCCACUGCUGCUGCUACCUCAGUUCAUGCAACAUUUGCUGACUUGUAGAGUGUAAAGUUCAACCCUUGUGAUGAGCCAAAAUUGAACGUUUUUACAUUAUGAUUCUAUAUGGUGAACUUAGCUACAUAUCUUCAUUACAAGCAUCAUGUGAAGUUCACUGAAACAAAUGUUUUACAUCAAACAUCUCAGAAAGUGAUUCUAUUUGCCCAGAAAUUAAAGUCCUGUAUUAUGUGUAGUCAUGACAACAAACUGUCUGUUGAUUUUGAAAUCCAACAACUGCUGAAGUAUAUGCUCAGUUGCUAUGACAACCUCAAAGUAUGUCAAUUUUCAGUGAUGUUUGGUUAAUUUGUGAUAAAUGUAAUAAGGUGAUGUUUCAGUCUCACAGGCUGGCCUGUGCAGGGUAUUUGUGGUAUCUAUGGAAGAAGAAUAUCAGUCCCUGUGUAGAUGAUUGUUGGUGUGACUGAGUAUCCUUCUAGUCCAAGGCCUCCCAGCUGCUUAGUCCCUCCAUCACCAUCAUUUCAUCAAGUGAAGCCCACUGCUAUCUGUACAGAAUGGCAUGUGAUGAUUAUUGAUAAGAGUUAGUAUUGUCAGACUUGUAGCACUUCCUAACCUGUGUAUGCUAUAUACCAGUGUUGGGCUUGGCAGCUUGUAGCACUUCCUAACCUGUGUAUGCUAUAUACCAGUGUUAGGCUUGGCAGCUUGGUGCACUUCCUAACCUGUGUAUGCUAUAUACCAGUGUUAGGCUUGGCAGCUUGGUGCACUUCCUAACCUGUGUAUGCUAUAUACCAGUGUUAGGCUUGGCAGCUUGGUGCACUUCCUAACCUGUGUAUGCUAUAUACCAGUGUUGGGCUUGGCAGCUUGUAGCACUUCCUAACCUGUGUAUGCUAUAUACCAGUGUUGGGCUUGGCAGCUUGUAGCACUUCCUAACCUGUGUAUGCUAUAUACCAGUGUUAGGCUUGGCAGCUUGGUGCACUUCCUAACCUGUGUAUGCUAUAUACCAGUGUUAGGCUUGGCAGCUUGUAGCACUUCCUAACCUGUGUAUGCUAUAUACCAGUGUUGGUAUUGGCAGCUUGGUGCAGCAAGCUAGUGCCAAACAUGCAUCGUGAUAAAUAUGAACUGAACAUUUUGUAGAUGAUCAAGCCACUAUUUCUUGUUUAUUUAUAUGAAACAGUUAUUGAAAAAAUGGUUAAAAUGCCUGUCUAAAGAGUUGUUUUUAGUUGUUUUGCGAAUGAAAGAAUAUCAGAGUCUGUAUUAUAAUAUAUUUCAGUCUGUUACAUAUCAUGAUAUGGUCAUGAUAAGUAUCAUUUCUCAAUGAAAAGUGAUAAAGCAUAUCCCAACACCUUCAACAAUUGUUUGGUAGUACAUUGUAUAUCAUAUCGUCGGAAACAAUAGCUGUGUGGCUGCACCAUGACUUGUUUGCUAAUACACGAUCUACAAGUCACGUCAGAACAACCUUUUGCAAACUUUGACCGGUCAAUCAAAUGACUUACAAGAAGUCAACAUUAGCAGGGUAUGAAACUCCCAAAAAUUUCAGCCAGACCACAGGACUGGCUAGCUG